CGUUGCUCAGGUACUCUGUUGCCAAUCGGAACAUAAUAAACCACGGACAACUAUGGGGACUCGUGUUACUGUACAGCAGAUUCUUCGACAGACUGUAAAAAAUGUCCCCAUCUCCACUUUUAUACCAGUCCGGCUUAAGGCGUUUAAGAGACCCCGUCUCCAGCCUUUGUGCCUCAGCUGCAGACUGUUCUGUUUCGCUUCAGAUCGGACUUCUUCCCCGUUACCACAGCACAACCACAGCCUCUCUCCUGACCUGUCUCUGCGGUCUUUGCUCGAUAUGGGAUUCACUGAGUCCCAGGCAAGGCAGAUAUGUGACAGUGUGUUCAGGGAGAAAGGAGCGAAUGCUGCCAAACACGUCUUAUCAACGCUCACAGUGCUGUUCGUCCUGGGGCUUAACCCCACCAGUGUUUUGAAACUGCUGGACAAAUGUCCUGAGCUCUGCACGGUUAAAGAGACGCAGCUUCAGCAGCGGAUAAAUCAUCUACGGAAGCUGGGUUUGGUUGAAGGGAGUCUUCAGAGAAUGGUGGUCCACUACCCAAAGAUCUUAACCGUGCCUGUGAAGUCUGUAAAAAAUGUGGUGCAGUUCCUCAGAAAGAAUUGUCAGUUUACCUCCCAGCAGGUGACAGAAACCCUCAGAGAUAGUCCAGCAGUGGUGUUGGAGGACCUGGCCCAGCUAGAGUACAAGUUUCAGUACGUUUACUUCCGAAUGGGUGUCAAACAGGCAGAGAUGGUCAAGUGCAGGUUGUUCCGUUUCACUCUGGAUGACGUGCGCUGUCGGCACUCUUUCCUGGAGCGACGGGGCCUGUACCAAACUCCUGACAAGAAAGGACAGACCACUAUUAUUAACCCUAAACUGGACAGCAUCCUUAAUGUGGACCGGGAGAUGUUCAUCGCAGAUGUUGCCCGGGCGUCAGCAGAGGAGUAUGAUGUGUUUCAGAAACUCUUGGCAAGGGAGUGGAAGGAGGAAGAGUUAGAGCAUUGCAGCAUUAAGGCUUAUAGUGAUGAUGAUGAUGAUUAUGAUGAUGAUGAUGAUGAAGAAGAAGAGGAGGAGACUGGAGGAAAAAGUGGAUACAAGAAGAAGAAGAAAAAUAAAUAACGGAACUGUGAAAACUGACCAUAUCAUACAGAAUAAACAGCAGUAUUUAAUAAAUCUUAUAUAGUAAAUAAAAUGCUCCCUUUGUAAUGCCUCCUCUGUCUUAUUAUUCCUGUUUAUUUAUAGGUCCAAUAAAUGUUAUUGUAACCAA